AUGGGUUUGGCUUUGAAGAAGCCUGAGGGCGUACCGGGCAAGUCCUGGCCUGCUAUUAUCAUUGGAUUGUUCGUUGCUUUCGGAGGUGUGCUAUUUGGAUAUGAUACAGGAACUAUCAGUGGUAUUCUUGCCAUGCCAUACUGGCAAGAUGAGUUCUCAACUGGUUUCAUCGAUUCCAAAGGACACAAGAACAUCGACGCUGGCCAAACGUCAGAAGUUGUCUCAAUCUUGUCUGCCGGCACAUUCUUUGGAGCACUUGGGGCAGCGCCCGUGGCCGAUCGAAUCGGUCGACGUUUUGCCUUGAUUGCGUCUUGCUGUGUGUUCAGCUUUGGCGUUAUCUUGCAGACUGCUGCUACCAAAUUGCCCAUGUUCGUUGCUGGCCGUUUCUUCGCUGGCUUUGGUGUAGGCCUUGUAUCGGCUUUGAUCCCCCUUUACCAAUCCGAGACUGCACCAAAAUGGAUCCGGGGUCUCAUUGUUGGAUCAUACCAGUUGGCAAUCACCAUUGGUCUACUGCUGGCUGCUAUCGUCAACAACUCUACAAAGAAUCGCACUGACACUGGCUCAUACCGUAUCCCGAUUGCCGUGCAGUUCGCCUGGGCUCUGGUCCUCGUUGGCGGCAUGCUCGUGCUCCCCGAAACCCCACGAUACCUGAUUCGAUCUGGAAAGCCCGAGAAAGCAGCACUCGCUCUCUCUCAGCUCCGCCGACUGCCAGCAGAUCAUGCCGCUAUUCGUGAUGAAUUGGGCGAAAUCCAAGCCAAUCACGAGUACGAACUCAGUCUCGGGAAGGCAACAUACCUCGACUGCUUCAGGGGCAACAUGCUUAAGAGACAGCUCACAGGAUGUGGCCUUCAAGCUCUGCAACAGCUUACCGGUAUCAACUUCAUAUUUUACUACGGGACUCAAUAUUUCAAGAACUCUGGAAUCACGAAUGCUUUCGUCAUUAGCAUGAUCACCAGCUCCGUGAACACGGCCUCCACCUUACCCGGUCUCUACGCAAUCGACAAAUGGGGUCGUCGACCCCUCCUCUUUUGGGGCGCAAUCGGCAUGACCGUCUCCCAACUCCUCGUCGCGAUUCUCGGCACGACCACCACCGGCCAGACGGCCGAGGGAAACGUCUUCUCCAAGAACCUCGGCGCGCAAAAGGCCUCCAUCGCCUUCGUCUGCAUCUACAUCUUCUUCUUCGCCUCGACCUGGGGCCCCAUCGCCUGGGUGGUAACGGGGGAGAUCUUCCCCCUCAAGGUCCGGGCGAAAGCGCUCUCCAUGACGACGGCCACAAACUGGCUGCUGAACUGGGCGAUUGCCUACUCGACCCCUUACCUCGUGAACUGGGGUCCCGGGAACGCAAAUCUUCAGUCCAAGAUCUUCUUCAUCUGGUUCGCCUGCUGCUUUUUGUGUAUUACUUUUGUCUAUUUCAUGAUUUAUGAGACGAAGGGCCUUACGCUUGAGCAGAUUGAUGAGCUGUAUGCAGAGGUGAAGGUCGCGAGUCAGAGCGUGCACUGGACACCGACGACGACGUUCACGGAGAUUAGGGCGUCUGUUGCGGCACAGGGAGGUCUGGGACAGAAGGGAGCACUGGGGCAUCAUGAGAAGACGGGGGAGUAUAGGAGUGAGGCUGAUGCUGCGAGCUGA